GUGUGUGUACACAAAAAAAAACAUUGCUAACAAUAUAUUUUUAUAUAUUUAAUUAUUUAAUUAAUGGAAGAUCAGGAAAGUGAUAUUGAUAUACCAAUUGAAAGUCCAAGUGAUCAAAAACAGCUUCAAGUAUUAAAAAAAAUUCUUGUUCAUCUUGAAAACACAUAUAAUCUGCUUUGUUUGUUGAAAAGUGAUUUGGAUAAAAUAACAGACAAUUAUUCAUCAAUUACGAAUUGCUAAUAAACAUAACCAUAAAAAAGAUAAUUAAAAAUAUAUUUAUAAAAUGGAGAAUCGUCGUAAAAGUUUGGGUCAUGCUCUUCUUAUGGAAAAUGCAACUCUAUUAGAAUCAAGUCCACUACGUCGUCGUUCAGUAAUUGCUCAACGUUCAACACCAGCACCAAUUGAUGAUGUUGUUAAUGAUGAUAAAACUGAACGUUCAGGAAGUCGUAGAUCACUUGGUUUAUCAGGAAUAACACGUAUGACUGUGCCACAAAUAAGAGAUGGUAUUGCUGAAUGCAUUAAACUAAAUACACAAAAUAAAAUAAAUAUUAAAAAUGCAUUUAGUUUGAGUAUGAUUGAUUUUAUGGAAUACAUGGUAAAAAAUCGUGAUGAAGGUUUAUCAAAUCUUCAAAUUGCCAGUACAACACUUGAUGUUAGUGCUAAAAUAUAUGGUUUACGUGUUGAUUCAUUACAUCAAGACACCAUGAAAAUGGUUGGUCAUCUUGAUAAACAAUCACAAGAUGAUCAUAAUAAUAAUGAUGGUAAUCGUGAUAGUGGUGCUGGUGAUGAUAAUAAUCCCAAUGAUAAUCAUGAAAAUAAUCAAAAUAUCAAUAGUCAAUCUGAUCGUAUUAAAAAAAAAAGAAAAUCAUCACAAAAAAUAUUAGUAACAAUUGAAAGUUUACAAACAAAACCUGAUAAAGUUAGUUUAGAACCACCAAUGUUUGGUGAUGCUGAUUGUCAAACAACUGAUAUGCUUUAUCAAGUUAUGUUACCAAAACAUUGUAAUAAAAAUUUAAAUCUUCAUCCAUAUAAAGAUGUUUAUUUUGAUGAAGAAAUACCACUUGAUAAAGAUCACAAUAAUGAUGAUGAAGAUGAUGAUGAUGAUGAUGAAUUGUUAAAUGUUCCAUGGCCUGUUAUUAAACCAAAUGGAUCACAAAAUAUGAUGUCAAUGUUUGAAAAUUUUUCAUUUCUUAAUUGGGAUCCAAAUGACAAUGAAUCAGUAACAUCAUCACAAGAAAUACUUGAUAAUUUAAAUGAAUCAUUACCAUUCAAUUUAAAUGCUAGUUUACCAGCUGGUGGAUCUGAAAAUGGAACAGGAGGAAAUGGUCCAAAUAGUAAUAAUGAUGUUUAUUCAAAUACAAAUUAUUUUGAUAUUAAUGAUGAUUAUGAUGAUGAUGAAGUACAUGUUAAUGCACAAUUUCAACAAGUUGAUCGUUUAUCUGAAAAAAUUGUUGAUAUUGAAAAAGUAUUAACUGUUGUUGGUAAAAAAACAUCAGAACAACUUGAAUAUUCAUAUAUACGUGAUACAGUUAAUAUAUUUCAAGCUGGUCCAUCAACAUGGACUGUUAAAAAUAAAAAUCGUCAAUCAAGAUUAUUUGGUCGAUGUCGUCAAGAUGGACCAAAGAAAAAAAAAGAAUUUACUAUUGAAUAUUCACAAUUAACAGCUGAUAAUGUUGACAAAAAUUUUACAACAUUAACAAGAGUUAAUGCAAAUAAUAAAAAUAAAUAUCCAGUUGGUUGGAAAAAAGAAAAAUUUUUAUUUGAAUCAUGUGAUUUUUAUGAUACAGAAAAAACAAUUAAAUACAAUACUCGAGAUGAGAGAUAUUUACGUGUUCAAAAAGCACUCACUUUUGGUGGUGUUGAUGGUGCCACUGAUGGUGAUAAUAAUAAUGAUCCGAAUAAUUUUAAUGUAUCAUAUGAAACACCAGAAUUUAAUAAUGAUGAUGAUGAUCAUAAUGAUGAUGGCCAAUAUGAUGACAUUAAUAAUAAUGAUAAUGAUAUGAUUAUUGAUGAUAACAAUGAUAAUCAACAAAUGAAUCAAGAUUUAACACAAAAUAAUAAUAAUGAAAAUGAAGAUAAUGUUGGAUUUUCACAAGGUGCAUUUGUUGGUGAUAAUCUUGUUGAAGCACCAAAAUUAACUGAAAAAAUAUACAUACCAUUUUCACAAAGAGCCAAAAAAUUGGAUAUGCGAAAUUUAAAAAAAACAAUAUGGAAAAGUUUAGAUACAAAAGAUGAUGGUGAAAAAGAAAAUUGUCAAAUUGGUGAUGCUGAUGAUUCUGAUACUACAACAAAUGAUCAACAUAUUGUUAAAGACAUUAAACAAUUUAGUGAUGUUUUUGUUCAAUUGCCAAAUAAAUUAAAUAAAAAUGAUGCCAGUGAAUUAACAUUUCCACUUGCUUUUGUAUCACUUUUACAUUUGGCUAAUGAAAAAAAUCUUCGAAUAAUAUCGAAUAAUGAAAAUUCAGAUUUAUCAAUAUUUCAAGAUAUUCAUUAAUUAAUUUUUUUAUUAAAAAAUAAAUUCAACAAUUCCAAGUGCUCUCUCUUGUGUUUUUUUUUUUUUUUUUUUUUAUUAUUACUUUAUUAUUCUUUUACAUUAAUAAUAAAAUAAUAAUAAUAAUAAUACCUAAUUACUAUUAUCAUUAUUCAAUACUUGAAUUUUUUAUGUAAAAUUUUAUCAUAAACAUUUUAAUAGUACUAAUAAUUUUUAAAUGAUUAAAUAAGAUAUUUUAAUUAAAAAAAAAAA